UGUUAUUUGAUAAAUCUCCAGAAUGGAACAGCGGGAUUAAGGGGCGUCUAAUUUUACAAGAUGAUGAUGUGUCAACGAAGAUAGAAGGAGAAUAUAAACGCCUCAAUUCGUGUUGUCAUUACAAGGUACCUGAUGGUGCAUUCAUGACAUUGGUGCCAAAACAGCCUCAGUCCUACUAUAACCUCUCCAUGAACUCAAACGAUAAAUCUGGGUCCAAGCUGUACAGUGAUUUCAUUUACUCCAGGAGUCCAUCCCUAAACCGAACUCCACAAGGUUUCCACGCAGACACAGACGGGAGUGGAUACAAGUAUUACCACCUCGUCAAACAACACGAUGCCGAGACCCUAAAAGAGGGAGAUCGCGGCAGUAAGAUGGUGUCUGAAAUCUAUCUCACCAGACUUCUUGCCACCAAGGGUACCCUUCAACAGUUUGUUGACGACUUGUUUGAGAGGAUAUUCAGCACUAACCACAGGUGUACAGCCCUUCCCCUUGCCAUUAAGUACAUGUUUGACUUCCUAGACGACCAAGCCCUACAACAUGGUAUACAGGACAUCGAGGUUGUACACACAUGGAAAUCCAAUAGUCUUCCACUAAGGUUCUGGGUUAAUGUGAUAAAGAACCCCAACUUUGUGUUUGACAUCUACAAGUCACCCAUUGUGGAUUCGUGUCUGUCUGUGGUGGCCCAGACAUUUAUGGAUAGCUGCUCCAUGUCAGAGCACCGUCUGGGUAAGGACUCCCCGUCCAGCAAGCUCCUCUAUGCCAAGGACAUCCCAAAGUAUAAGAAGUGGGUAGAACGAUACUACCAGGACAUCAAGAUGAUGCCCGCCAUCAGUGACCAGGAUAUGACCGCCAUGAUGACCGAUGAAUCCAGGUGUCAUCAGGAUGAGUUUAAUACCAGCGCAGCCCUUCUGGAACUAUAUAAAUAUGUACAGAAAUACAAUGAAGAGUUGUGGCAGGCUCUUGAAGAAGAUGAAUUUGCCAAAAAGAACCGCCUGACUUACAAACUUGAGCAGGUUCGAAUGACAAUGGAGGCAGAAGUUUACUGCUGAUACACAUAUCACACUCACAAAGGAGCUUUAAUUUCAUCAUUUGUUACUAUGCAUACUUGGCUUUAAUGCAAACAUUGGUUGGAUGGAGAUCUGACUCUUGUGUUUCGUUUGUUUUGAAGUGCUUCUACUGCUGAUGGUAUAUACCUCGUCAGGUCAAUUUUUCAAUUUCUUCUGUCAUUGCACGGUAAGUGCUGUGACAUAGUAUAUGUUUUGUACUCCUCAUCAUUACUUGAGUAAAAGUGAGUGCCAUGUAACCAGAAGGCCUGUUCCAAAUGUAAAAGUCAGUGUCAUCUGCCUAGGAAAGAGUGAGGAUCACGCACACACAAUAAAGUUCUCAAUUCACCAUCGUCUUCCACCUGUACUCGACGAAUCUCUGUGCACUGUCCAUAUGUAGGCCUCAGGUGUCUGGCCAGCUGAUUUCCAAUCCACUGUAGAUUAGCCAAUAAAGUGAUGCUGUUGUAAUAUAACUACAUCCUGUAGAUAGGACUUGCAUGCAGAAGGAUAAGCAGUUCAUAAGUGUUUAUAUGCUGAAAAAAUGAGACUUUCCAUCAAACAACAGAGACUGGUUCGUGUUCGACUGGUUCACAUAACAUUUAUAGAACGGACAAGUUCAUAGAUCAGUGUAUCUUGUUCACCUUACUGUGAGACUCCUGAAAAGUGAGUCCAGUUGAUUGAACAGCAAGACUAUUUCAUAGAUCAGCACAUCUUGUUCAACUAAUGGUGAGACUAGUUUGCAGAAGAGUGACUCCAGGUCAAAGACUCAACCCAACAGCACAUCCAUGUGUUCAUUAACAUACCUAUAGCUCUGGUGCAACUGACCAGAACUGUCUUUGUAUGUAAUUUUUUAUGUGUUAAAUGUACAAGCUAUUUUUAAGUAUGAAACUAUUUACUUGUAAUGACAUGAUUCAGCUGAUUUCAUAUUUUCAUAUCGCACUCCGCUGUAGAUUUGGAUUUUAGGUCAUCCUUCAUUCAUGAACAGAAUUUGAUACUCCACAUUGCACAUUUUUUUUUUUUUUUCCAACUAUUUUCGAAAAUGAAAAAAAAAUCCAAAAUUGGUAAUACACACAGUAAUUUACUUGGAUUUUGGACAAAUGAUUUGAUAAUUUUCUGAAAGGGUGAAGACCGUUAUAGAUUUUUUUAUGAAAGGUGAAGAAGAAUGAUCAACAUUUAUUUUAGAAAAUAGAAACCAUUUAGCAUAUUUUUGCCUUCAUCUUUUGUAUCAAUAAAUAGUACACAUGCUCAUGUACAUAACAAUAUUGCAUAUAUUAUUAGGUCUAUAAGCUAAUUCAAUAGAUAUAGUUUUCUUUGUGCCAAAAGAAUCAUUAUUCAUUCAACCGACAGUCAAUACCAUUCACAUACAAAAGUAAUCUGUACUUGCCAUAGAUUAAUUUUCUAUGCAGAUGUAUCAAUCAGCGUUCAUGUUGUCUAUUGGUGGUCUUAGAUAGCUCAGUCUGGCCUAGAUUUUCAAUUACAAGAUUCAUGUAGCCAUGUUAUCAUGUGGCAGUCAAACUGAUGAACCCCAUACAUUACCUCCCAUAAAUAUUGUUUACCAACACACUACAGCUCCUAUAAAUAUUGUUUACCAACACACUACAGCUCCUAUAAAUAUUGUUUACCAACAUACUACAGCUCCUAUAAAUAUUGUUUACCAACACACUACAGCUCCUAUAAAUAUUGUUUAGCAACACACUACAGCUCCUAUAAAUAUUGUUUACCAACACACUACAGCUCCAGUUACCCUGGAUACCACACAGCAGAUAGAGAAUUACUGACAAAUACAUACUCACUGCUCCCUAGAUACCUCAAGAGACAUAAAUAAAAUUGAUAAAUACCCAGUUACAAAACCUUGAUACCCCCUUGACAUAAAAAGGUUGAUAAAUGCCCAGUUAUUGAACCCUUGAUACCCCACCAGACAUAUAAAGGUUGAUAUAUACAUUGUUCAUAGUUAUUGAACCCUAAAGAACCCACCAGACAGAAAAAAGAUUGACCAAAACCCAGCUAUUGCAUCCUAGAUAACCCAUCACACUACAACAGUGAUACCACCCUAGAUAACCCAUCACACUACAACAGUGAUACCAUCCUAGAUAACCCAUCACACUACAACACUGAUACCACCCUAGAUAACCCAUCACACUGCAACAGUGAUACCGCCCUAGAUAACCCAUCACACUACAACAGUGAUACCACCCUAGAUAACCCAUCACAUUACAACAGUGAUACCACCCUAGAUAACCCAUCACACUACACUAGUGAUACCACCCUAGAUAACCCAUUACACUACAACAGUGAUACCACCCUAGAUAACCCAUCACAUUACAACAGUGAUACCACCCUAGAUAACCCAUCACACUACACUAGUGAUACCACCCUAGAUAACCCAUCACACUACAACAGUGAUACCACCCUAGAUAACCCAUCACACUACAACAGUGAUACCACCCUAGAAAACCCAUCACAAUACAACAGUGAUACCACCCUAGAUAACCCAUCACACUGCAACAGUGAUACCAUCCUAGAUAACCUAUCACACUGCAACAAUGAUACCACCCUAGAUAACCCAUCACACUACAACAGUGAUACCACCCUAGAUAACCCAUCACACUACAACAGUGAUACCACCCUAGAUAACCCAUCACGCUACAACAAUGAUACCACCUUAGACAACCGAUACUCUAGAAAACCCACCAGAUUUCAUUGUUGCAAAUGCCCUGUAGCUCUGUCCUAGAUGACCCAACAGACUUUGAAAUGUUACUUAGAAAACCCAUCAGGUUUCAAAAGUGUUGACUCCAGUAAUUAAAGGCCCUUGAUUACCCACCACAUCUUAGAGAUAGUCACCACUUGUUUUAUAUUUCUUUGAGAGUUAAUUUAACUUAAAGUAUGUGAUUCUGACUUGAAAUGAAAUGUUAUUUGUGGUAUUAAUCAUUACAAAAAUCCAACUAACAUAUACAUAUAAUAUAUAUGGUUUUGUUUUUACAACAAAUAUAAUUACGCUCAUAUAUUUACCUUUAAGAUUUUAAAUGUAACAAUGUGCAAGGUUGUGCUAGUCAAGUUUCUCCUAUUUUAUGUAGUUGUAUCAUAUCUUGUAAUUUGUGAUGUUUCCUAGCCCACUUUUAUAUAUGUCACAGUGGAACCUUGUAAGUCUGAAGAUUUUCUGUUUACAAAUCAUCAAUUAGCAGUUGUCAAUAUCUCUUUAAAAAUAAAUCAUAUUAUGAGUUACAAGGUUUUACUUAAUGGUCAUUUGUUAGGUGUAAUCACUGGUGUAAAAUUAGAAACAUUUUAAGUUUUAUAUGCGAUUUUAAAUUCUUCAGAUAAACUUCCAUGAUAGGGUGAGAGCUUCCAUGUUAUCUCUGUUACUAAUGCUGUGUCACAGUUACCUCCCUUGUGGUUGCUAUGUCACAGUUACCUCCCUUGUGGUUAUUUUGUCACAGUUACCUCCCUUGUGGUUGCUAUGUCACAUUUACCUCCCUUGUGGUUGCUAUGUCAUAGUUACCUUCCAGAAUGUUCCUAUAUGACAGUUUUAAGGAACACACUAUGGCAUGCAGUUGCUUAAGUGGAUAAUUUAGAUCUGUUCGGGAUGGAAACAAAUUUUUGCCAAACAUUUUAACUUUGAAAUAUUCAUGAUGAUGUAAUUGGAAUGAAUAGGAAUUUGUGUUGCCAUUGGUUAUUGUACUUAUAAACUAUCUUAAAAAUUAAAUUAGUUUUCUAUCUAUACCUGUUAAUGUUAAUAUGAUCAGCAAACAUUGAAAUGAUUAAGAUUAUUUUUGUUGUCACUGGGUUCAGAUGUAUACAUAUGAGGAGAUGUAAUCAAUGUAGCUGUCAAUAUUGUUAUAGUAGAACCUUAGUGUUAGUGGCACUCAUCUUUCAUUGUCCUGGGUCAGACAGAAUGAACCUCCUCAAUAGAAAUUUACUCUGAAGCUUUCAUUUAAGUGAUGGAUACAAAACUCAAUUUCUGUAAAUUGAAUUUACUAUAAAUGUAAUUUGAUCUAAAAGUAUUGGACUGGAAAACAAUGUAUAGAAUUGCCCUGAUCAUUUUGCUUACCGAGUGUUGUUUUUGUAUUGACCGAGUAAGUUACAUGUUUCAAAAAGUUCCUGUUUUUAUAUUGUAUUGAUUGUCAUUUUACUAUUUCCUGGUUUAAUUUUUUUUCGUGUCCUGGGUAUUAGACACAGAUAAAAAUCGUGAAAAUUAACAGAUUAAUCCCAUUAUAAUUUGUUGUCUUAUUUGUUUAUUUUGAAAUUAUGUACAUUGUUUAUCAUUAAAAAAAACUGAACAAAAUCCAUUGAUGAAAUUUUUGUGAUAACAAUGUAAAUAUAUUUGUGUUUUAUUUUUGAGUUUCUCUGUGUGACAUUAGCUAUGCAGGAUUGUCUACUAGUCCCCAGGUGUUUUACAUCAGUGUAGUCUGCAGAAAUUCUUACAGUUUAUAAACACAUGAAAUUUAUAGUACCCUAUAGCCAAUGUAAAUUGUGUAAAUAUUAGUGUAAAAACCUAUCAUUGAAUUGUAAAACAAAACCAAAGACGAAUGUAUGAGAUAGAGAUUGUUGUUACUGUUUAGCUGAUGUACAUGUGUAUAACAUAUAGUGGUGUGAAAGUUAUCAUACUUUGGUUACAAUCAAUUUCCUUUCACUGUGAAGCUAAAACUGAUAACACUUAAUAAUAGACAUUAACUGUACCUUGAUUUUAGAUUUAUGUACCCAGCCAUAUUCUCCAUCAUGGUGCUUUUCUUUUGUUUUGUUUUUUAUUUUUGUUCUAGUUUGAUUUGAUUAGAUAGUACAGGAUUGACUCUGUCCAGACUGGUUUUGCCUAGAUUUUAGAACAUAUAAGCUGCUUUAGAUUUCAGAGAGCUUGUAAUUAAUGGUAUGCUAGAUAUGUUGGGUUCAACAGAUUUCUGAAGUCCUUUCUGAAAAUGAUGUGGCGUUUGGUUGGUUUUGUUUUUUUUUCUGUCCUGAUAGAGGUAACUCUCAAGAUUAAAUCAUCUAUGUUGGCUAUGCAACUAUUUCAUUUACAUGCCAUUGAUAUUUAAAUACAAAUUUUUCAUUUGUAUAAAUGUAUUUAUAUAUACAUAUAUCUAUAUAUAUAUAUGUGGAAGUUCAGUCCUAACCUGGACCACUGAGAGAAUAGUGUGAGAGAACGACCACUGUGGUAUCACACGCCAUGUUUAGUAUAAGUGUAAGGGGAGAUAAAUCUUCUAGUGUGGCACACAAUGAACUGAGAGAGUAAGAGAUAUAGAAUGUAAUGGUUAUGUAUGCAUGAGAUUUUAUACAAUUUUUGAUACAGUGAUUUAGAUGUGCAUCUUCUUAAAGCUAAGAAAAAAUAUUUAAAAAAAAUAGAAUAAAACAUUACUGCAAGUGAAA